AGGUGCAUGACGAAAUGCUUGACAAGGGGUUGAAGGAGAGCACCGUCUGAAAUCUGAAUGCAUGUCAGCUGUGAGCCCGUGACAUUAACAUCGCCGGGUUUUGCGCUCAUGGGAGGGUGCACGAAGCUGAGACGUUUGUGGAAUGGUGACAAAGGAGAUCAAGCAUGAUGUGGGAGCGCUACAGUUCAUUGAUUCAGGGUCUAUAUGCUGGGGUUGAGAGGUUGGCCCAGGCGUCAGGGGAUGCACGAGCAGCUGCUAUUGUCUGAUUUGAAGCCAACUGUGUGAACCUUUGCACACUUCACUGACGCCACGUGUUGGAAUGAAGAUGAGUGCAGUGGACUUAGUUAGGUUGAUGCAGGUUGCAGGCUGAGGGCAAGUGUGUAAAGCAGUGAUAGCAUAUCGUAAAUGGGUUCUGCAAGGUCAACAGGGAUGCUGAAGAGCAAUGCAAAACCUCAGGAGUCAGGAACAUACAUUUAUUUCUUUGGGUGGAAUAGCUGAGCACCUCUGGGCAAGUGGAUGAUGCGCUGCUUGUAAGGGAACGCAUCAAUCAUUAUAGGUUAAUGGAUCAUAUGAUCAGUAUACUAGUAUGUUUUUGCUCUCUCAUCACCACCACAGGAAUAUCUGGAAUGGCUAAUGAAAGCAACAUGUCUGUCAUUUACUUGCAGUUAUCUGGCUCCACACAAGUUCGUGGCCUUGAUGCAAAGAAAGCGAAAGAUCUUGGUUCAGAAGCUUACUCAGCACGUUACAUAUAGCAAGCAAAAGGGACUGUUUCCUUAGCAUAUUAUCAAACAAGAUUAAUCCUCGUGCAGCAAAUUAAAAAAACUAAAGAACUGGACCACAGUGGCCAGUGGAAGAGGAAAUUAGGGUAGAUUCCUUGCAGAAUACAUUCAUUUGGUCAAAGGAGAUCUCCAUUCUCUUGUUUUAGUCUUGCUACCAUGAUGCUGUGAGGUCUCAUGUUUGCUCUGCAACAGUACUUGUAACUUUAAAGGACAGUCUCUUUAAAGUUCAGCCAUUUUCUUUGGUUCUUAGUGAUGCCGCUUUCAGAGAGGGCAACGAUUCCUUCAUCGUUGUCUUCUUCACUUGAGUUGAAUCCACUGCUGAGGGAUCUUGUUGAGAAGAAACUGAGCUUGAAGAGGAGUGUGACUUCAAUGGCUGCCGAGCUUAAGGAUGCAAGGAACAGGCUUGCUUCAAAGGAACUGUUGUAUGCUCAGGAAUUAGAGGCCAGAAAGGCAACAGACUUGGAGGAUGAGGUGAACAAAAUGCAGAAAUGCUUAGAGGACAAAGAAGAGCAACUGCGUGCAUCCCUAAGUAUCAAUGAACAGUGUCGCAGGAAGUUGGUUGAUCUCAGAUCACAACUUUUAAUUACCCAAACUACUGCAGAAUCCACUGCUGCAUCAGCCAAUUCAGGGCUGCUGCAUUGCUCAUCUUUGUUGGAAAAGUUAAAUGACAAUGAAAAUUCGCUGAGUGAGGCCACAUAUCCGGUGGGCAAUGUAGCAGAACAGCUCAAUCAUUUUCACGAGUACCUCAAGAGCAGGGAUCCCUCACGAGGACAUAUCAAAGAUUACUAUUUGACAACUGAGUCUGACAUCAUGAACGCAUUUGCCAAAGCUGGGGUUGAUAACGUUAAUGAGCUUAUGAAGAUCAUGUCUGAUGUUUCACCAAAGAACAGCGAGAACAUUAACGAGGACUUGAUUUUUGAGGAUGAUGAUAACGCCAAUCUGAGAGAGGGUAUAAGGGUACUAUCUGCACACUGGGAAAACAAAAUCAAAGAAUUAGAAUCACAGUUGGACAAGCAUGUGGGGAUAGUCCAGGAGCUGAAGAGGUGGAUACUGAAACUUGAAUUCUCCCUUCAAGAACCACGAUCUCGGUUGCAGAAACUCCAGAGGGUAAGAGAAAAAAGGUCCAAGGCCCUUACUCUUAAAGAACUACGGAAUCAGGCGGCCAUGGAACAGCCCAGUGGUGGCGGAUCAGGCGACAAGCAAAACCUUGGGAAGAGCUCAGGCUUCAAGCUCAUAGCUUCCAUGUCAAUGCUGGUCCUAUUUAUACUGGCAAAGCGAUGAUCUCGCGACCAGCUGGUAUCUCUUGUGUACAGAUAAUACAGACAGAGAUGUAGCAGUGUCAGAAUCAAUAGCUACUUCAUGAUUUCGAAGAUAAACACGGCAUGGGGCAAUAUAAUCCAACAGUUUUUGCGUCA